CACUUGAGUCGCGCAACUCAAGUGGUCGCCGCGCCUCUCCAUCAUUUCGCAGUUGAGCCGCGCAAAGCCGUCGCCGCGCCUCCUGGAUGACCCAAAACGGUUACUGCGCUGCCGCUGUCAGAGCAGUUACCUACUCCACUCCUCAACGCUAAUCACCCUCUUCGACUCCAUCCAAUCCCCCCCUGCGCGUCCUGUCGCAGUCUCCGCGCGGAUCGUCGAUCGCCGCGAUGUCGUCUUCCACACCGCCCUCGUCGGACGACAGCGGGAACCCUAGCCCCCCGCCGCCGGCGCCCGCGGGGGCCCUGCCGAGAGCGGGGCCCAGGCGACGCUGCCGCGACGUCUUCUGGCUGGUCGUCUUCCUCCUCCACCUGCUCGUCUUCGGCGGAGCGCUCGCGCUCGCCGGCCUCAAUCGUUUCCGCGUAGCCGACCGCUUCAACAUCGACCGCUACGCCAACCACACCGCCGCCCCGCCGUCCGCCGUGGUCGCGCCGCCGGGGUCGGAUGUCGGCGUGUCCAAGGAGAAGGCGCUGCCUCCCGAGCUGACCGAGACGUACUGGAAGUACUACGGCGCCGCGGGGGCGGUGGGGACGCUGCUCGCGUGGUCCUGGCUGGCGGCGGCGGCCGGGAGGAAGGACGGGGGGAGGGUGCUCAUGCGGGCCGCUGUGCACAGCCUCACGGCGUACCUUGCGGUCAUCAGCGUGCUCUGCUUCUGGGGGAACCACUCCUUCUGGGGCGUGGCGCUCGCUGUAGGCGCUGCGCUCCACUUCCUCUACGUCAUGUCGGUGAUUGAUAGAUUUCCAUUUACAAUGCUAGUACUGCAAAAGGCAAUAAAGAUGGUCUGGGAACUUCGAGAUGUGAUGAGAGUAGCAUAUGCAUUUGUAUUGGUAAUGCUUUGUUGGAUGGCAUUAUGGUCCUUCGGAGUUUCUGGCAUUGUUGCUAUGCCCAUACCGAAUUGUGGGCAAUGGUGGCUUGUUCUGGCUUUAUCAGUCAGUUUGUUUUGGACUGGAGCUGUCCUUAGUAAUACAGUCCAUGUCAUAGUAUCAGGAAUGGUGUUCCUUGUUCUCAUUCAUGGUGGACAAGCUGCUGCGUCGAUGCCCCCCAAACCACUUCUAAAGUCACUUCAGUAUGCUGUUACAACUUCUUUUGGAAGUAUUUGCUAUGGAUCACUCUUUACGGCUGCCAUUAGGACUUUACGUUGGGAGAUUAGAGGGGUUCGUUCUAAAAUUGGCAGCAACGAGUGUCUGCUGUGCUGUGUUGAUUUUUUCUUUCACAUUGUGGAGACGCUUGUUCGUUUCUUCAACAAAUAUGCAUAUGUGCAGAUAGCUGUCAACGGACAGAGUUUCAAUCGUUCAGCUAGGGAUGCUUGGGAGCUUUUCCAGUCGACUGGCAUUGAAGCACUUAUUGCUUAUGAUUGUUCUGGUGCUGUUCUUUUUAUGAGCACAAUAUUAGGUGGGUUAAUUACAGGAACUUGUACUGGUGUUUGGACGUAUUUCACACAACGUGAUAAAGCAAUUAUGGUUGGCUCAACCUCUAUGCUGAUUGGCAUGAUACUGGUCGGGCUAACCGUCGUGGUUGUCGAAAGCGCAGUUACAUCGAUAUACAUAUGCUAUGCUGAGGACCCUCUUCUUAUUCAGAGAUGGGAUCCUGAAUUUUUUGAGCAAAUGUCAGAGGCAUUGCACCAGCGACUGCAGUACCGCAGCUCCCGAGCCCGCCAAAUACUCAAUGGUCGGCUUGAUCAUUUGCCAAAUACAUCAAGUAUUUGAAUCUCAUGUCAGGUACUUCAUUUUUGUCAAACCACUGAAUGGGCGGCAGCCAUUUCCAGAACAAGUAGUUUUGGAUCCUCCUGCCAUGAAAGUAUAGAGAACGAAGCGCCCCAGCAAUCUUCGGGGCCUUCAAAAGCAAUAUUCCCAGCCAGGCAGUCGUAUGUACAUUCUUUUCUUCUUUGCAUGGGGUAUGCUCAUAAUUAUGUAAAUUUGCAAUGCUACCUUUUGCUUGUUCUGUAGCGUGUCUGUCAGCAUUUGGCGGGGAAACAGAAAAGGUACCUCAAAUCUGUUUCA